GCGGCUGCAGCUGCUGCAGAGACCUGUUCGUUGACAACCGCCAUCCUCGCCUCCUCCCUGGCCGGGACUCGCCUCCUUCCCCCCGCGCUUGCAGCUGCAUAAGGAAUUGCGGCUCUGACCGCCGGGGGACGUUUCUCUUUCCAUGCCCGUGCAGAUCCGCUGGCCUCCUCGGGAAGAGAUCCAGCGGUGGUGGAUGCUGAAGACGGGGAGAGCUUUUGCCAAAGGGGUUAUGGUCCCAACAGCGUUAUCUCUAGUUGGAAAAGCUGAAGUGAAGCGAAUCGACGGAGAGACAUUUGUAAGGCCAAAGGCUGUCACGUGUGUGAGAACAAGAAGCUAGGAUCAGAGCGCUGUGAUUGCCCUCAGCAAGAUGUUGCGUUUGGUUUCUCUCCUCCUGCUCUUCAUAAUUUUUCGGCUAGUCGUGGGACUGGCUUGGUUCCAGGUGAUUCCAGCACUCUCGAUCUUCUACUUGGGGUCUGGUGGAUGGCGAUUCGUUCGUAUACUCAUCAAAACUUUCAGUCGGGACUUUACCACUGGUCUCGUCGUCAUGUGGACACGAAUUAGAGUUUGGCAGUACGUGAGACAGAAGUACACCAUCCCCAAACUCUUCGAGAAGACAGUACAGAGACAUCCAGAGAAAGUGGCUCUUAUUUUCCAAGGGACGGAUGAAUCCUGGACCUUCCGUGACCUCGAUGAGUACUCCAACAAAGUGGCCAACUUUCUGUACGGGCAGGGCUUCCGCUCUGGGGAUGUGAUCUCCUUGUUCAUGGAGUCUUGCAACCAGUAUGUCGGUUUGUGGCUUGGCAUGGCCAAGAUCGGAGUGGAGGCGGCUCUUGUGAACUCCCACGUGCGGAAGGAGUCUUUGCUGCACUGCAUCAACAUCUCCCAGUCAAAGGCGGUUGUGUUUGGAAGCGAGUUGGCUGAAGCCGUUCAAGAGGUUCAUUCUUCUCUAGCGAAAUCCCUUCGCCUCUUCUGUUCCGGUGACUGGAAAGAAGAACGGGUCCCGCCAGGGACGAAACAUCUGGACCCUCUGCUGGGAAAAGCAUCUCGCGAUCCACCACCUCCGUCACCCAAAGGAUUCUUAGAUAAACUCUUUUACAUCUACACUUCGGGCACAACAGGGUUGCCCAAGGCUGCAAUCAUCGUUCAUUGCAGGUAUUUCCGUAUGGCGACUUUGGUGUAUAAUGGUUUUCGCAUGAGUCCAGAUGAUGUGGUCUAUGACUGCCUUCCUUUGUAUCAUGCAGCAGGUAACAUUGUUGGGGUCGGCCAGUGCCUCCUGCAUGGGAUGACCGUGGUGAUACGGAAGAAAUUCUCCGCUUCAGGCUUCUGGGAAGACUGCGUCAAGUACAACUGCACGAUUAUACAGUACAUCGGGGAAAUUUGUCGCUAUCUCUUGAACCAGCCUUCACAGGAUGUGGAACAGAAGCACCGAGUGCGAAUGGCCUUGGGCAAUGGCCUGCGGGCCUCCAUUUGGAAGGAGUUCACCACCCGGUUUGGCAUCCCCCAGAUAGCUGAAUUUUAUGGUGCCACUGAGUGCAAUUGCAGUGUGGGCAACUUUGACAACAAGUUUGGUGCUUGUGGCUUCAACAGCAGAAUCUUGCCCAAUGUUUACCCCAUCAACCUGGUUCGCGUGAAUGAGGAUACUAUGGAGCUGAUCCGGGGACCUGAUGGACUCUGCGUUCGGUGUAAACCAGGGGAACCAGGGCAGCUGGUUGGACGCAUCAUCCAAAGUGACCCGUUGCAGCGCUUUGAUGGCUACUUGAACAAUGAAGCCAACAAUAAGAAGAUCGCUCACAAUGUUUUCACACAUGGAGAUUCUGCUUACCUCACUGGUGAUGUGCUAAUAAUGGACGAGUUUGGAUAUAUGUUCUUCCGGGACCGCACUGGAGACACUUUUCGUUGGAAGGGCGAAAACGUCUCCACAACUGAGCUGGAGGGGACAUUAAGUCGUAUCCUCAGCAUGACUGAUGUCGUGGUCUAUGGAGUAGAGGUGCCAGGCACUGAAGGGAAGGCUGGGAUGGCAGCCAUUGUUGACCCCGACCACUCCUAUGACCUCUUGGCCUUUGCAGAAGAAAUGAAGAAGGAGUUGCCUGCAUACGCGCGACCUGUUUUCUUGCGGCUGCUUUCGGAAGUACAUAAGACAAGCACCUUCAAGUUCCAGAAAAUGGAUCUGCGCAAAGAAGGCUAUGACAUCUCCGUGGUGAAGGACAAGCUGUAUUACCUGGAGCCGAGACAAUGCCGAUACCUUCCACUGACUGAGGAGGUCUACAAGAGGAUCCAGUUGGGGCAGGAGAAACUGUAAACUAGCAUCUGCUCUUCUUGUGGCUUUGGUGCUUCCUCCUGAGGUGGGAGCCAGAGUUAGGAGAGGACACGGAAAGCCAGAAAGGGUUAAAAAUCAAGCAAAAGGCACAGUAAAUAAUUUUUUUAAAAAAAUUAUCAAGUUUUACAGAGGACCAUGGCAUAUGAUUUGGGGAGAUAGCUGACGGAGAAGAUUGCAUACCAAAGCAUAAAAACAUGGCUUUAUUUUCUGUUUCAUGUAAAUGGUGACCGUUGGGUGGGGUAGGGGGAUGGCAGUGGGAGCAUGGCAUUUCCCGUCCUGCUGGGAUUACUGUGGUGGGGUCAGUCUGCCCUCUUCCGGAUUCGCCCCCAAAGCCAUCAAGACCAACAAGGGCUGCGCUGAUUUGUGGUGCCUCUAGGAGGCACUGUGGUGCUUUCUUUCCCAUCCAAUCAGGCAGCUGUGGCUGAACUGGAUACCUCUGCAAAGUUUAUCGAAUUGUUUUCCGAGGGUUGUCCUGGGAAAAACGGGGUGAAAGUUGUGGAUUUUUUAAAAUGGGAAGGGCUGUGUCCUUCCUGCUGGCUGCUAAAAUGUAUUGCUAACUUGUGGAGUGGGCGAAAAGGGAAUGGGGACGAUGGGAAUGAUUGUCUGCCAUGACUUGACUCUUUUUCCAGGGAAAUUUUUUUUCUAUUUUCAGAAUUGGACUUUUUUCUCAGUCUGCCAGUCCAUGAGUGUUAUAAUUUAUUGUAUGUGUGUGUGUUUUAAUGAUCCACUGCAAGCUUAGUGCAAACUGGCUGGAUUCCUUGUUCUGUACCCGUUGGCAGCCCCUGAUUUAGUUUGUCGUAUGUAAACAUCACUGUCUUCGUUCCACUACUUCUAUGGGGCCUUUCAAAAAAUGUUUCUAGAGUCAAUUCUUGGCAUUAUACACUUGGCAAUAGUGUCCCCUGGAAACUCACACCCUGUGCUAAGUGUUUCUAGUGUAUGCUUAGGCCUCCUGGACUUUCAGAAAAGUGAAGACUUCCGCAUGUUUUUAAAUGUCGCUCUUAAAUGACUUGCCGGAGCAAAGAUAAAGGGUAUGUCCACACUAGUACUUUCACUGAUGUGGUUGUUGCACAACAUGCUCUGUGCAUGUCUGCACUAUACUCCACCUCUGAACUGGAGGAUCCAGGGGAGAGCUUGUGAUGGUGCGAUCCAGAUGGGAUGGCUAGAUACAUUAGCAAGUGUGGUUGUUGUACCUUGGGAGAGACUUCAGAAGUCUGUCAUGGAUGAAUUUGCUUGUAGAAGGUCCCAGAUUCAGUUUCUGGUACUUGCAAAUGAAAGGAUUUUUAGGAGCAAGACUGGGCUAGACCUUGGAAAGCUGUUGCCAGACAGAGUAAGCAAUGCUCUGAUCGACUGCUGAGCAGAUCCAGUGCUGCCCAACCACACAAAAUGUACAUCAGCCUGUUCUACAGUGGAGUCAAGGAUGCAUCCAAGAUGACCCAUGGUCAUAAGGCAUCAUCUUGGAUGCAUGCUUUAGUACAACCAAUUACCAAUUUAAGGAGUUUAUCCUUAUUAAUUGGUUAGUCCGCUAGAGAUAAAUAAAUGUGCUCCAGGCACAGAUGAUUAAUCUUGGGGCAGAGGGCCACUGGAUGCUCCACUGAUUCUAUGAUUCUGUGUCUUCCCUGGAAGCAAGCACAAGUGGUAACCUUUUCAUACAUCUUUUUUAUAGACAGGGAAAUGAAUUAUAUUGGGACUUAAAAAGGAGGAUAGGAAACGUGGCGUAGCUCAUUCAUACCUUACCCCCCCUCCAAAAUCUUGGGGAGUGCAACCUGAUACUUGAUCCCUAUGAUGCACGUUCAGUUCUUUUAUGCGCAAUGUUUGCACACAGUUGUAGUGUUCACACCCAUUUGGGAAGGGCCAAAGCUCAAUGGGAGAUCACAUGCUUUGCACUCAGAAAAAAAAAAGAGUAAGGAUCUUGACUUAACAGGGGCUGGGAACGGCUUCUUCCUGGCACCUUGAAGAGCCAGUACCUGCCAUGGUUCUGGCAAUAGUUGGCUCGAUGGAACGAUGGCUUGACUUCACAAGACUGGUCCCUCUGCUUCAGCACAGGUGCUUUGCGUGAAAGAGAAUCUUAGAAAUAAAGUUGAUAGGCAGCCCAUAGGCUUGGGAACGCCCCCCGCCCCCAGGUACUCCAUUCAGUCUCCUUUUCAAGGAAUCGCCAAGAAAGGAGAUGAAGCAGUUUCUUCCAGCAUCUUGUUCGGCUGCUAAGAUGCUCUUAGACAAAUGUUUAACAUGUAAGCAAUUGCUAAGGAGUUGUCCUCUGUUUUGCUGUGUGAAUAGGAUGAGGAGGUAAAGUUCAGAGUCAGACAUAACAUUCUAGGAUGGGAUCAGUUUCUGACACUGGCCUUCAGAAUGCAUGGUAUGGUAUUCUGCCCCCUAUCUAUAGGGCGAAAUAGUUGCCCUUCGGGCCGAGUUUUCCAAGGGAGUAGAAUCUUGGCAGUUGGUUGGUAGCACAGAACAAAAGAGACAGUGCAAACACAAUGGUGCUUGGAUGAGAACACCAUCUGGUACUGAACCGCUGAAAAAGAAUUCUGUGUGAGUCAAAAGCUCCCUUCCCAUGUUCUAAAACAGACGUUCAGUCCCAUUAAUGUAUUGCCUUGUUUGCUUUGCAGUCCUAGGGAAGGAUAAACUCAGCUUCACAGUUGCUUGCAGAGCUCUUCCCAGACUCCAAGACUCCAUUUUGUAUGUGUGUUGCAUCAGAAGCAAGCUACAAAUUGGCCUUGAGUUGCCAGCCCUCAAGGUCCAACCUGCAGUCUAGGAGUUGUACUCUUUUCUUCAGGGCCAAACUGUAUGUGAAUGUACAAUUAUCUGUAUGUUUUCUACCCAUGGGACAAAUAGCUUGAGGAUUUGCCUCAGGAAGAAUCCCUCCAUUUAAUAUUGUGGCCCUGAUCCAGUUGGAACAGGGGGGAGGCUUCUUGUUGCUUUUGUCCUUUAUAAAUUGUGGCAGAUUCUGACCAUGGAUCUUUCCUUUCAAAUGUACUUUGCCCCUCCGGCCCUCUAAAGGAAGGAAUCAAAUCUUGUGAGGGACCAAAAUCAAGAGGGCAGGUUCUUUUCUGCCUGACUUCUCUGCCAUUUUGCUCUGGCUUCUUCCUCCAUAUCUAUUGAGCUAUGUGCUGAGGUACAAGGGCACAGUCAGCCCUAGGAUUUGUCAAACAAGCUUCACGCUGAUAUACAGUUUUUAAAGUAUACAGGUUGGGUCAGGGGUCCCCGCCCUGUAUAACAGUCAGGCACAAGUUGCAUGUUCUCCUCAAUUCCCGUACGUACAGUGCCUGAUUCAGAUCAUUGCUGUGGAGAAAGGACUUCAGCAUUCCCCCUCAUGACAUUUGCCCAACUUAAAAAGGGACUGGGGGAAGUGCUUUUGGCCCCUUCAGGAAACCUACAUGUAUCCCUACGACAUGUGGGUUUCCCCAGUGGGCCGCAUUGCACCCUCACCCAAGACCAGUUCUGCCCGGGAAAGCUCUUUCUCCUUGCAAGCCACAGUCCCAAUCUGAAUCAGCCCCCAUGCAUGUGGAAAGUGAAGAGACCCACCACAACUCAUGUCUGAGUGUAUGGAGACCGCAGACCCAACCUCUGCACUCUGUAAUGUAUAAAUUGGCAGCCUCCAUACAUGCUUGCAUGUACACCCCAUCUAUCAGUUUUCCUUUCGCAUCUCUGUUUGACUGGGUCCAGGAGCUGGAGGGCAGAGAAUAAGCUGUCCUCAACAAAACACAUGUUGUAGUAUGAGAAGCAUGCCCUUGUCUUGAAUAGGGGAUAGCUUGAAGGGUUCUGCAGAUGUGCACGCAAAUCUCUGCUGCAUUCGCAUGAACAUACAAGAACAGUUGGGCCUAUAUGGGGUUAUUAUUCGGGGAUGGUUCACACCAAUAUUACCCCUCCACCCACUAGAGGAUCCAUUGAUUGGAAUCUCUUGAGCUCUGCUUCGUACCGUGCAAAUAGAUACAUGUUUUGUGGUUGUCCCAAGCACUCUGGGCAGAUGAACAAGCCUGGCUCAGCCCAAGAUGGCUGUUUCCAUACUACCUUUAAAAGGCAGCAGGCUCCCCAAACGCUGGCGGCUUCUUCACGUGAUGUUUUCUUUAAAACGGAUGCGGGGCGUUUUGUCAGCUCGUAUCGCGCGAAGAAGCCGCCAGCGUUCCAGGAGCCUGCCGCUAUUUUAAGGCAGCGUGGAAACGGCCGAUGUUUCAGUGGCUGAAGUAGAAAAUUCAGAUGGCAGCUUCUCUUUUAUACUAAUUUAUUUAUAUGAGGGUAUGAUCUUGUGAAAACCUUGUUGAAUUUGAUGAGGCGUGUACAGGAGGGUCUUCCUGGAGAAUUGUGCCCACGUGAGUCACAUUUGCUCUGUGUUGGCCUUAUUGGCACCCAAAAUAAGCCACCCAAUAUGGCGGACCUGACCCUACUGGAUGAUGGAGGCCCGUCUGGGACAAACGGUGGGGAAGCUGGUUUUUCUCCUCUGGAAAGGGAGAGCCUGGAUCCCUCCCUGCUGCUUUCUUGCUUUAGUUCAUCCCUCAGAAUUGGUCCAUGAAAUUAGGCAGGGUUUAUUCCCUUCAUGGUGUUGGAUACGUAACAGUGGGGGUGGGGGGGAAACGUUAAGUGAACAGGGUAAGAUGUGUUCAUGACUUCAGGGCUUGACCCAGGACAGCUGCAGCCGUGGAACAGCUGCGUUUGUUCCCUGUUUAGACCUGAGCUGAAGUUUCUCCACAGUCAUGUCACUCUAUACAUAAUCACACGGCAAAGAACUUUGCUGCUCAUGAGUGUAAACAGGCAUUCAUUAUGAAGAAUGCAGAAGCUGGGGAUACCAAUUUAAAGUGCAUUUAGGAAACUGAAUAACAAUUUAAAGUACAUUUAAAGUGGGGAUAACAAUUUAAAGUGCAUUUAGGAAACUGAAUUGUCCACGUGAAAUGGCUCCUGCUUUGUAAGACUGUGCUGUAAUAUGCUGUAUUGUGAAGCAACUGGGCAAAUGGCCUCUUGCACAUUGGACAGUUGUAGCAGAGGAGAUGGAGAGGGCAGGAGUUGGCAGUUUCACUGGGGACAAACCAUGAAACGCCCCCACCCAUCCCAUAAACAGCCCAGGAUCAGUACAGCUCCAGAAAACCUUUUGUGUCUCCUUUCUCUAGUCCAGGGUUCCUUGGGUAUGGCACUGGGCAUUUUCUAGGUUUAGAGAACUCCGGUUGUGGAGCUCCACAGAGAUGACAGGAGGAUCCCCCCAAAUGAAUGAUUCUACAGCCACCUUCCCAAAACUUGAAGGGCGCAUUAUGAGAAAAAGGGUUGCUGCGGAAAAUGUCAGUUCCGGCAUGGCACAAAGCUGAAAUCAGUGUACCAAACCAUGGUUGAAGCUGCUUAACAUCAUGUCUGAAUUAGCAAACCAUGGCUUGUGGUUAGCUUUGGUUUGGCAUAAUGCUGGCAAACCAGGGUGGUUGUGGCUGUUGCUGUCUUCCAGCGAUUGCUGUGCUGCACCAGGAAUACUGGAGUGAACCUCGUGCUGAGUAGGCAAAUUAAAGCUUUAAGGUUUAAACCAUGGUUUGCCUAUACAUUGGAAAGCUCAAGCCAUCAUUUGGGUUAGAUGUUGUGGUCAGCACAAACCAUGGUUUGGCUGUCUGAAUUCAAGCACUAUCUUUAAGGGCUGCAGAGAAGGGAAAACUUCGGUCAUUGCCAAUUAUCCUACUGUAGCAACAGCAACUUAAAAACUUCCCUUCUGUACAACCCUUGAAUGCAGCAACUUGCUCCCUCGAUGAGCGUACAGUUCAUUGAAAACCAAGAAGCACAUGAAACAGUUUUGAGGAAGAGGUACAAAUUUGCACAUGGCAGAAAGAUAACACUAACCAGGGCUUGUUGCACAAUAUCCCAUUAGGGCCAUGCUGCAUGUGCUGUGCGCCCAGGGAUCCCUGGAUCUACUGUUUGGACUAGCAAGGACCAAAAUGGCCAUUGGCACAGGCUCCAACUCGCUUGUGGGUAUCGGGUGCAUUGAAUCAGCAUACUUGAUACCCCAAAAGCUAUUUUACUGGCUGCACCCUUAAAAGACGGGAACUGCACAAUACUGAAAGUGAUACUAUCGUCAAAGAGGUGACAAACCAAACAACUACUCACUUUUCUUGGAGGUGGGGUUAUGUAGAACUUUUGAAUGUUGCAAAUGGGAUUGGUUUUCCUAGCCCCCCAAAUUAGGAUCCUUCAUCCUUUAUCUGUCACAGAUCAGGGCCGUUUUCACAUUGCUUACCGGCCACAGAACAUUGCGCCAGGAUCCCGGAACGACAGCGUCUUCCUGGCACGAUUUCGCACGAAAUCGUGCCAGGAAGAUGCCUUCGUUCCGGGAGCUCAGCACUAGGGAUGUGCGUUUCGGCAUUCAGAAUGCCGAAAGAAUGCCGAAACAAAAGUGUUUCGGCUUCUUUCGGGGAAUGCCGAAACGUUUCGGGGAAUGCCGAAACGUUUCGGGUAGCCGAAAGAAAAAAGCCGAAACGUUUCGGGAUUCUUUCGGCUUUCUUUCGGCUUUUCU